UGCAAUCACAGCGCAGAGUCUGAAGGGGAGAGCUGCACCUUUAACAAACGGGGCAUGCAAAUCUCUCCUCUGCAAUCCUCCCUGGCAGCUUCGGAGAGCCCACCCUCAGCAGAGGCUCAGUGCCUCACGGCGGAGUUGCCUGCUUUGAACAAACUGUCACCUCAACUUGUUAAUUUUUUUGGGGGGCUCUUCCUGGACUUUGUGGAAGAGAAGAGCUUUUCUACCCGGUUGAAUCAUGAGUGGCUGUUCAAAGAGAUGCAAGCACGGGAUUGUCAAAUUUGCCCAGACUAUUUUUAAGCUGAUUACGGGCACUCUCAGCAAAGAUAAAAUUGAAGAUGAAUUAGAAAUGACUACAGUGUGCCAUAGACCUGAAGGACUGGAACAGCUUGAAGCACAAACCAAUUUCACUAAAAGAGAACUUCAAGUGCUUUACAGAGGAUUUAAAAAUGAAUGUCCUAGUGGGGUUGUUAAUGAAGAGACAUUCAAACAGAUCUAUGCACAGUUUUUCCCUCACGGAGAUGCUAGCAUGUAUGCACAUUAUCUCUUUAACGCGUUUGACACUGCACAAAACGGCUCAGUGAAGUUUGAGGAUUUCGUGAUGGCAUUGUCCAUCCUGUUGCGGGGAACUGUUCAUGAAAAGCUAAGAUGGACGUUUAAUCUGUAUGACAUAAAUAAGGAUGGCUAUAUAAACAAGGAGGAAAUGAUGGAUAUUGUAAAGGCAAUUUAUGAUAUGAUGGGAAAGUACACGUAUCCAGUGCUCAAAGAAGAUGCUCCAAGGCAGCAUGUAGAAGUAUUCUUCCAGAAAAUGGAUAAAAACAAAGACGGUGUUGUAACUUUAGAUGAGUUUAUUGAAUCGUGUCAGGAGGAUGACAAUAUCAUGCGAUCCUUACAGCUCUUUGAGAACGUGAUGUAACCACAUCUGGCGAGUGCUGGAGGAGUCAGACUUUCUGUGUAACAAAGACCUCCUUUCUGGGUGAAAGCUUUUUACAAUUCAGUCGUGUUCAGUGUGUGACGAUUUUGUACGACAUCUCCAACCAAAUGGCAACCGAAUGCAAUCGAUCCCAACUCUUCUCCCCAAGAGACGCCAGUGGAACUUUGAUUCGUUUUGGAAGCAUGUGAAUAUUUUAAUAAAACCUGACAAGAGAGAACUGCUGCUCGAAGUUCCAUGAGUAAUAUAUAGCGUUGUUUGCUAGGCACAAGUACUGCUUUUAAUCUAGCAAGCUUGAUUAAAUAUGAUAGCACAUGUUGAUAGCUUACUCAGCCAUCUAUUGCAAGUGAAAAGCUCAGCCCAUGCUGCCAUAUGGCCAAAUGUUUUAUGAAUGCCUUGCCAUUAAUCUGCUUUGACAAAGUCGAGUCUACCAGGGUGAUCCUGUAAAAACUGAACCGUAAACGUACCUUGGACAGUAAGCAGGCAGCCCGUGUAGUCAAUAUCCCUAUUUCUGCAGAGAUCCCGCUUUUCCUCUCACAUACACUGGUGCCACCACAGUGUUUGGCGGAGUGUUUCCUGAAUACAAACGACAGGAUCUUCCUGCCAGGGUAAGCCAGAAAGGAGCAAAACAUGUUGCAUAUGUAGAUUUUCAAACUACUGAACAAAUCCUGUUCAACAAUGGUAAGUUCCUGCAAGACCAGGCAGGUUUAUAAGGGCUGGUACAGGGAGAUGAAUACCUGCCCUGGUCCCAGCCACCUUCCACACGUGGUGGGGCACCAAGUGAUUCUCCAGUGCGCAUCUCAGCAGCACGGCAGUCCUUCCUGUGUAGUUUGGCACACACAUCCAAGAUGCAUCAGUUGAACAUUUGUCUUUUUACUGGAAGUUACAGCAAAGUCUUGCCCACUUUAGAGUCUCAGAAUGAGCUGCCAGACCCAUACGUCCCUUUGGCUAAUACAAUAUUUUCUAUAGCAAAACCUUUUCUCUUACAAGGCAGUUGCGUGACUUGUACAAGUCCCAUUUCCUUACUCAAGCCAGACAGUGCAUCGGUUCGGGUUUCGGUUUUGCCUUUUUUUAAU